AUGGUUGAAGUGCUUAGUGACUUGAAUGUUUUCUUCGUGUUGGAUUUUGAUGAGCUCAAGAAACAACUGAAUUGUUUACGUUGUUGUGAGCCGCACGUUGAUCGCACGUCAGCCUUUGAACGUCUGAUGAGUACAGCUCGCUUCAUAGCCUCAUAUUAUCUCGACCUUCCAAUUCUAACACCUCGUCACCAAAACAAUUCUCCACUCUCUUCAGUAUCGCCUGAAAAUUUACCAAUUACACUGCCAAAUCUCUAUGAAUGGCCUGCAAACACCGAUGAAAUCGACUACCAGCUCUACGAUGAAGUGGAACGUUUCAAAGUGGGUACUAUGUUAAGUGUGAACUUCCCGCAAUGUACACCUCAGUUACCUGUCGUAUUAUUAUGGCGUUUAUCGAAUUGUAUUGAAGCAAUAUUCUAUGUCGAUCACUUUUGCGAUUUUAAAUCACAAAUUAUGUUACGAUUCAUUACUGAUCAUAUGUAUAAAUUGGAUCUGAUCGGUAGUUAUUGUGUUUCUUUACUGGACAACACUUUCGAUGAGCUUGACGCAUGGUCAAAACAACAAAGAAUGAUGAUCGACAUGAAGACAGUAAAGGAAUUGAAAACAAAAUGGGAAGCAAUCGUGAACGGUUUUUUGGAAAUAGAUUCGAUAACGAAAAUUCGAUUUGUGCCCUAUUUAUGUGAACGAUUACUGACUGAAAUGAAACAGAUAUUUGUUAAAAUGUCACCGAUUGUGCCAGACAGCAUCAAGUUGCCGAGGCCAGCAGUUUAUUCGUUGAAAAUGGCAUCAGCCUCGAGUAUCAGCAUUCUAUUGGACGAUAAAGUGGAUUCGGUUGAUGCAGCAGAACGAGCGGACUAUUUGCGAGUGCAUGUGCUUCAGCAUGCAUUCAUAACGCUUCUACGACAGUGUAACGUUAUUUUGAAUUGUAUCGACCGGAUAAGUUCCAAACUUACAACAACAAAAUUAGCGCAAACAGACACGAUUCUCAAUGUAAACGCGAAUAAUGAUAACGAUAAUAAAGAUAAAUCUGACUUUCCAUCUUUUCCAAAUGGCCAUCGAUAUCUUGGCUUCGAUGGUGAGCGUAUUUCGAGCGGAUAUUGGAACGAGAUUUUCGCGGAUUUCCUGCUGCUCUCACUCAGAUUCAUGCUUCGCGAUUCGUGUUCGGCCUCACAACGACGUCGCCAACUCAUUUCGUCCACAAGCGCGACGCAAAAUUCUACAAGUGCUUCUGUCACCACUCCUGUCACUGAAAAACUUCGCAAUUAUCAAGCAUUACUUGCACUCGAUUACGCGCACCGUUGUUCUAUCGAAACUGGUUUAGUAGAAUGGAUCAAUCGUUAUGCCGACUUCAGAGAUAUCGAGCAUAUGUGCGCACUUUUUGACUAUCUCAGGACGGAGUUUGCCAGAAGCGGCAAGGAUACGGAUGACGUUAGUGACGGUUUCAAUCGUUUCGAAGAGCAACUACCUGAUAUAGGCAAGCCACAGAUUCCACCAUCCGUAUUGAGCAGGGCUGAAUUCCUGGCUGAACACUGGUCGUAUCCAGUGACUGCAUACAGUGACAAGCAACACCACCUCAUCGGAAUGGCUCUACGAUUAAAAGCGAAAUUCUUCGUGAACAGUCGAUCAACCACGGAGAAUAAUCUGUUCGACGCUAAUCGAGAAUCACCUCUGAAACUGUCAUCAGCUCGUCGCGCAACCUUCAAACAACCGUUGAAUUCAGCCACGAUCAUGAGACGGUCAUUAAUUUCGGAGAAUGAAACAGUUUUUGGCAAAGCUUUAGCACAAGACGAUUAUUUUCUGAUGAGUCACAAGCCAAAAACCACCGACGAUAGGCUCAUUACGAUGGACGCAUUUGGUGGGUUAUAUCAACGGAAAGGUCAUCGUCAAACCAUUGCUAGUGCCAAAAAGUUGUUGAAGCAAAGACGAAAAGUCUUAUCGGCUCCAGCAGAACAACACCAGUUCAUAUCGACACCAACAACAACCAGUAUGGAGGCGAAAUUGAGUGAUGAAAUCAAUUGGUUAGAACGAAAAGUGUCUAAUCUAUGUGAAUACAUCAAAAGCUCACGAAGAAGCGCUCGGCGAAUGAGUCACUCGCAGAAUGAGUUGAGAGGAAGCGCAAAAUCAAGCGGAAUCUCAAACGAAAGUGGCAUUUUAGUGGAUUCAGAGGCAGAUAUUCGUGAGACUGAAAAUGCAGAAGCGAUAAGAUUGAAUAAAGUGGUUGAUUCGACUGACCUUCUCGAAUACGAUAACGCAGAGCGUUUCUCAUUGGAUUCAAAACGUGCAUCUCCUGAACGUCCUGCACAGAUUGAGCCACUGAAUUUCGGUCUUUUAACACCACCACCGGAUAUUCGACGACGAGCGCGACAAUCGCCUGGUAGUGAGAAAGCAAAACGUCAAGUUUAUUCACCUCCCGAUACAGGUUUCUCGGAAGCAGAAGCAGAAGAAAAUAAUGCCCAAGGUGAUCUUAUACCAGCAUGGUUGCGUUUGGUGCCCACUCAAGAGCAAUCACAACGGCAGAAAACCAUCCAGUUCUGCUGGCCUAUUGAUCGCACAUUAUCUUCUUCUCAUCGUAAUGGUACGCAGCAGUGA